GAGAGUCAUAUAAAUGGGAUAAGUACAAAGCUGAGCAUUCUACAGUUUACAAGAGGCAGUCGUUGGUAUUUAUCAGUUAUUAUCGAGUUAGUAUAAAUAAUAUCAACAAUCUUUGAAGGACAUUCCCGUGAAUUGAAAGCAUUAGCUAGCUAACGUAGCAUUUUUUAAAAUAACGACAUGGGGUCAUUUGCUUGCAGUACAUGGACUACAUUCCUGUGCAUAUUGUUGUCUGUUUCAACAAUCGGUGCAAUAUACACUCCUGACUGGAAGAGUCUCGAUGCUCGACCACUUCCAGAGUGGUAUGAUGAAGCUAAAUUUGGAAUUUUUAUACACUGGGGGGUCUUUUCCGUGCCUGGCUAUGGUAGCGAGUGGUUCUGGUGGCAUUGGCAGGGCGAACGAAAUCCAUUCUACGUUUGGUAUAUGAUGAAGAAUUAUCCUCCGGGAUUCACGUAUGCUGACUUUUCACCACUGCUGCGCGGACAGUUUUUUGACCCACAGGAAUGGGCUGAAAUUUUCGAAGCCUCUGGUGCAAAAUACGUGGUUCUCACCGCAAAGCACCAUGAAGGUUUUACAAACUGGCCCUCCCCGAAUUCCUGGAACUGGAAUUCUGUAGAUGAUGGUCCUCAUAGAGAUAUCGUCGGCGAGUUGGCUUCUGCUGUACGAAAUCGGUCUCUUCACUAUGGACUCUAUAACUCGUUGUAUGAGUGGUUCAACCCUCUGUAUCUGAGUGAUAAAAAGGCUGGUUUCAAUACCCAAGAGUUUGUGCGCAAUAAACUUAUGCCAGAGCUUUACAACUUGGUCACCAGAUACAAACCAGAGUUAAUAUGGUCAGAUGGAGACUGGGAAGCACCUGACACUUACUGGAACUCAACAGAGUUCUUGGCCUGGCUGUACAAUGACAGCCCUGUCCAGGAUGUUGUGGUGACCAAUGACAGAUGGGGAAAAGGAUGCUCCUGUAAACAUGGUGGCUAUUACAACUGUAAGGAUAAGUUCACUCCAGGAGAGCUGCCAAGUCACAAAUGGGAGAAAUGCACGUCCAUCGACACUCACUCUUGGGGUUUCCGUAGGAACAUGAAAAUCAAGGAGCUAAUGGACCUUCCCACUAUAAUUAACGAUCUGGUUUACACUGUUGCAAUGGGUGGGAACUACCUCCUCAAUGUCGGUCCUACUCCAGAUGGGAUGAUCCCUCCUGUAUUUGAGGAGCGUCUGAGAAGCAUUGGUGCCUGGAUGAAGGUGAAUGGAGAGGCCAUAUACGCUUCCAGACCAUGGAGGGUGCAGGCUGAGAAUGCCACUGUGCCAGUUUGGUACACGUCCAAAGGCUCCAGCAUAUAUGCAGUCUUCUUCUUACACCCAAUGCAGUACUCAUUCAAGCUGAGUACACCCAAAACUACUGAGAGCUCUGUGGUUACCUUGUUGGGGAAUCCUGAACCUCUGAGAUGGGCCCCAUUGCCAUCCUCUGGACUAGUCAUACUUCUGCCUGAGCUGCCUCCAACUCCAGCACAAGCUUGGACCCUGAAACUGGAUGGAGUAUAUUGAAUAGAGUCAUGAACUGUGUUUUACGUCAUAUGGAAGAACAACAAAAGAAUUUUCUUUUUUUCAAAAGCCACUUCAUAGGGAUGUUGUUUUGAAAAGUGAGUAAAAAGACGAAAUUGAGAUUCUGUUCAAAAUGGGUUUUUUUUUUGGAGGAGAAUGUUUGAAAAGGAGAAAAUUUUAGUGGUCUACAUGUAGAGCAGUGUCAUGUUAUGUAACUAAAACAAAAGUAAUGAACAUCUCAUUCUCUUACUGAAUCAAUGACAUACACAAAAGGGAAAACAAAAUCUGAUUGUGGUUGAAAAACUAUUGAGAUUUCAGAUCAGAAAUUUAUGUUGGUUGGACCAGCUGUUUAGAGUUUACUCUGUCAUGAGAUGUUGAUUUUUCAGUGUUUCUGUUUGAUUUUUUUUUUUUUAAUGUGGUUCUAAAAAAUGAAGUCUUUUUACCAGAGAAAUGUGGCACUGAAUUUUGCCUGUUUUUUGUUGACUAUUUUUGUACUUCAGAAGAUUUAAAGUUUAUGAUUAAAGAUACUAUCUGAUUG